AUGCCAGGUUCUUCUGGGCAGCCAGGCUCACAGACGAUAAAGAAAGGGCACAGAGGAGUGGACUCCACGGGUGAGACAACCUAUAAAAAGGUAAGUUCAUCUGCCUUGAAAGGUGCCAUUCAGCUGGGCAUUACACACACAGUUGGAAGCUUGAGCACCAAACCCGAAAGGGAUGUUCUCAUGCAAGAUUUCUACGUAGUAGAAAGUAUUUUCUUCCCAAGUGAAGGGAGUAACCUGACCCCAGCUCACCACUACAACGACUUUCGGUUCAAAACCUACGCUCCAGUGGCCUUUCGCUAUUUCCGCGAGCUCUUUGGGAUCCGACCAGAUGAUUAUCUGUACUCGCUCUGCAGUGAGCCACUCAUUGAACUCUCAAACUCCGGGGCCAGCGGAUCCCUCUUCUACGUAUCCAGCGACGAUGAGUUUAUCAUCAAAACGGUUCAGCACAAAGAGGCUGAGUUCUUACAGAAGCUGCUGCCUGGCUACUACAUGAAUUUGAACCAGAACCCAAGGACGUUGCUGCCAAAGUUUUACGGCUUGUACUGUGUCCAGGCCGGGGGUAAAAACAUUCGCAUCGUGGUGAUGAACAACCUGCUGCCACGCUCUGUCAAAAUGCACCUGAAAUACGACCUGAAGGGCUCCACCUACAAGCGCCGAGCGUCCCAGAAGGAGCGAGAGAAGGUCUUCCCAACGUACAAGGACUUGGAUUUUAUGCAGGACAUCCCUGAUGGCCUCUUCUUAGACUCUGACAUGUAUAAUGCUCUGUGUAAAACGUUACAGAGAGACUGUUUGGUCCUGCAAAGCUUUAAAAUCAUGGAUUACAGUUUGCUUGUUGCAAUCCAUAACAUGGAUCUGGCACAGAGAGAGCACGCGAUGGCAGACGGGACGUCCCAGGCCGAUACGCGACGACCCGCUGCCCAGAAAGCCCUCUACUCCACAGCUAUGGAAUCCAUCCAAGGAGAGGCCCGGCGAGGUGGCACCAUAGAAACAGAUGACCAGAUGGGAGGUAUUCCAGCCCGCAACGCCAAGGGGGAGAGGCUGCUGCUCUACAUCGGCAUCAUUGACGUGUUACAGUCCUACAGAUUUGUCAAGAAGCUGGAGCAUUCUUGGAAGGCCCUUGUCCACGAUGGAGACACUGUCUCUGUGCACAGACCCAGCUUCUACGCCGAAAGGUUCCAACGGUUCAUGUGCAACACAGCGUUCAAGAAAAUACCACUAAAACCAUCUCCUUCUAAGAAGAGCCGGUCUGGCACAGCAGUUCCUCGGCGGAGCUGUCAAGGAGGAGUGCCUUCCCAGUUCCACAUGUCGUGCGAGACAAAAGCACAGGUUACGACAGAGGCGGAUGUAGAGCAAGGUUCCCACCUUGGUCGCCCAGAUCUCCUGCCCAGGACCCUGCCAGUAGACGAAGCGAACAGCGAUUCCAUCGCAACCACCCUCUCCACUUCUUCCUUGGGCAGCGGAGGCCUCAACUCACCUGCAAAUAGGUAA